GUUUGCAUAUCGAUGCCGGAAAGCAGUGUUGAAAGAGGUAGGCGGGUGAAAUCGAAACGGAAACGGAAACAGAAAAAUGUUGAAGGUGAUGUUAUGGAUGUUGUUAAAAGAGGACCUUCACGGAACCAUGUUAUGAAAUCAGAUAGAAACUCCAGAAAAAAAGCUGAUAGAAAAAAACAAUUUGUAGCUGAUAGAAUUACCAAGGCUGAAUAUGACAGAAUCACUCGAAACCAAACUAUAUAUGAUCUUACUGUUGGCCCUCCACGAGGCUACUUUGGUGGUGUCUGGCCCAUUGACAUAAACGGAUCAAUUCGCCCUAGUCUCAAUGAAUAUUGUAAAGUUGCUUUGAAAAAGUUCAACAAUUACAAAAACAAUAAACAGGAUCCAGAAUUUGUUUUUGUUGACGUUGUCAAGUCAACCCAUGGUAACCCUAGAAUCUAUUAUAUUACCUUUACGGCAAAAAAACAAGAUGCUUCCCCAACAAUUUUCCAGGCCCAUGUUAGGCACCACUUUGAUGGUUCGAUUGAGGUCUUUUCUUGUACCAUCAAAAAAGACUAACCAUGGUGUUAAUGUUUUAGACCUCGCUUUUUAUAAUAUCUUUUAUCUUUGAA